AUUAGCCAACCCAGACCAAGUACCAUGGCAGUCCGCCACGUCCCUGCGCACGUUAGCGACCGCCGGCAGCCCGGUUGCUUGUCUCAGACACAGACACCGCAAGCCAAAAUCACAAACACAAAGUGGGCGUGGGAGAUCGAUGGAACCUAUGCGGCAUCCUCGCCACUAUCAAUGAACGACACAUUCCCGAUAGAGAAAUAAAGAAUUGAGAAUAUAUCCCACAUUCCCUUGCCCUCUCCCCUCAAGCUCCCCUCCCUCCUCCCAUCCCAUGCCUCCCGAAUCCUCCCUCCUCUCCCAAAACCCUAGCCUUAUAAACGCCCUCCUCCUCCGAAUCCGAUCCCGUCCUUCAUUUCCUCGAUCUUAGCUUUCUUGUCUCUUCGAUCCCGCCUUCGCGAUGCCGCCGCUGGAGGUCUUCCGGGAUGCCCUCAUCCCCUCUUGGAUCUCGUUCUCCGACGAGGACCCCGGUGUCUUCGUCGGGGGAGGUCUCUUCCUCGACUCCUCCGUCCCCAACUCUAUCGUCUCCUCGAUCUCGGUCGCGAGUCCGGCGGCCUCGGCCGUUAGAUUGGUGGCUUCUCGCCAGAAGGAGUUCGUUCUGGGGGUGUGCCGGCAUGGGAGGGUGGGUGGGGGGCAGUUCUUGUCGGUGAGCUUGUCGGUCAAGGGAGGAGAGAGGUUCGUGCGGGAGUCUGAGGGGUUUUUGGGGCAGAAUGGGGAGGGGAGAUCGGAGGAGCCGGCAUUGGAGGGGAAGGAGGUGGAUGAGGUGGUGGUGAAGGAGGUGGAGAAAAAGGAGGAGGUUAGAACGCAGGGCACCGGAGCUGGCGCCAUGAACACCACCAAGCAUCUGUGGGCGGGGGCUGUGGCCGCAAUGGUUUCGAGAACCUUUGUUGCUCCUCUUGAGAGACUAAAGUUGGAGUAUAUAGUGCGUGGUGAACAGAUGAAUUUAUUUGCACUUAUCCAUAAAAUUGCAACAACACAAGGUCUGAAGGGCUUCUGGAAAGGCAAUUUUGUCAACAUUCUUCGUACUGCUCCAUUUAAGGCAGUAAAUUUCUAUGCAUACGAUACAUAUAGGAAACAACUUCUCAAAAUGUCUGGAAAUGAAGAAACAACAAAUUUCGAAAGGUUCCUUGCAGGCGCUGCAGCUGGCAUUACUGCUACAGUACUAUGUCUGCCAAUGGACACGAUCCGUACAAAGAUGGUAGCACCUGGAGGGGAAGCUUUAGGUGGCGUUAUUGGUGUUUUCUGCCACAUGGUGCAAACUGAAGGGUUCUUUUCUCUUUACAAGGGAUUAGUACCUUCUCUUAUUAGCAUGGCCCCUUCUGGUGCAGUUUUCUAUGGUGUUUAUGAUAUACUGAAGUCAGCUUAUCUUCAUUCACCUGAAGGACAGAUGCGGAUAUCUCUGAUGAAGCAACGUGAAGGUGAAGAUGUGAAUGCCUUGGAUCGGCUAGAGUUGGGUCCCAUGAGGACCUUAUUGUAUGGGGCCAUUGCCGGUGCUUGUGCUGAGGCUGCCACAUAUCCUUUUGAAGUAGUCAGGCGACAGCUACAAAUGCAGGUUCAGGCAACAAAACUAAAUGCAUUUGCUACGGCUGUGAAAAUAGUAGAGCAAGGGGGCAUCCCUGCACUGUACGCUGGCCUGAUUCCCAGCUUGUUACAGGUUUUGCCCUCUGCUUCGAUUAGUUACUUUGUAUACGAGUUCAUGAAGAUAGUUCUGAAAGUAGAAUGAACACAGGUUAAUUGCCCUCCACAGAUAAAGCAUUUUGGAGGGGUGCUCUAGCUGGUGUAGUUUGAGCAACUAAUUGUUUUCAGAAGACUGUUUUCUUCUAUGGAGAUUAAUUUGAAUAAACAUUUAUGAAAUCGU